CAUCGUCGCCUUGCGGAUGCAGCCGAUAAUCCCUCCGCCGGAGAUCCCGAAAGAUCCUGAUCUUGAAGGGUUCCAGAUUCACCGAGAUUCAGACUAUUAUGAGUGGGAUUCCGCGAGGUCAGCUCGCGGAUUCAUGAAAACCAGACUUAUUUAGGUGCAACAUACAGGCGUUCUGCAUGGCAAGAGCCUGCUGUUUGAUGAAGUUGCAAGAAAGAAGAACAUGUGCUAAUUGGAAGUUUCCUGCUUGAACAUUCUUAGUCUCUUUGCCCUCUUGGCAUCAAAUGACGAUCAAGAAAAGUUACUUUCUACCAGGGAAUCACCUGUGCCCAUGCCUGAUCCCAUGUGUAGCUCCACUGUGCCCCAACAUUGUGGUGAAAUUCGGUCGUCGGAGAUGGAGACAGUUAUCCACGUGGAACAUGUCACGGGACAAAUUUUUGAUGAUGAUGAUGAACAGAGCAAUUUGAUUUGCUCCGAUCAACGACAGUGUCGGAUUUGCCUAGAUAUUGGAGGCGAAGACCUCAUUGCACCCUGCCAUUGCAGAGGCACACAGAAAUAUGUCCACAGAUCUUGUCUUGAUAAUUGGAGGUCAACCAAGGAGGGGUUUGCUUUUGCACAUUGUACUGAAUGCAAGGCAACUUUCCCUUUACGUGCAAAUGUGCCUCCACAACGCUGGUGGUUGAAGUUGAAGUUUCGUUUCCUUGUUGUCAGAGACCAUGUUCUGAUUUUUGUUAUUGUUCAAUUGGUUGUGGCUUUCUUUAGCAUGCUGGUCUACAAGUUCUAUGGUGCAGAACUUCGUGAAAUGUUUGGUUAUGAACAGAACCAUGUUGCUUUUUAUAUUCUGGCAGCUGUGUCUAUCAUCAUGGUUGGGUUGCUUUAUGGAUUUUUCAUAGCCAUGAUAUGUGGGCAUAAGAUCACUGAGCGCCAUUACCAUGUUCUUGCCAAACAAGAGCUAACAAAGGAAUAUGUGGUUGAAAGCCGGGAAGACAAUAAAGAUCCUCCUGAACUUGACUCUGCACAUGUGACAGAGCUAAGGACGUUAGGCCUUUACUGAACGGAAGACGUUUUGCAGCCAACUUUUGGUUGCUUGAGUGUUUACACUUGUUUACAGGAGAAGCUUUUCCAUAGCAGCAUGAUUAUGCCCAUGCAGAAAUUCAAUCCGGGACCAGUUCUUUUGGUUACUUUCAAGAUGGCAGCAGGCCCUGAAGACUUCAAGAGAUGCACAGUUUUCCUUGCAAAUCUUGGUUGGGUGUUUUAUAAAUUUUCUUUCGUUCUUUUAUAUAGUUACGAUAUACAUUAGCAAUAGAAAUUUGUUCUGUAAAUACCUGUGCCAGCAAAAGGUAAAUAUUAGUGGACUGGUAGAUGAACACAGCCGUCGGGCGAUAUUCAUUUCUGAAGAUGUCGAAGACAUGUCUCUGUAUCCAGUUCCUUCAGUGCUCGAGAAAAAUUGAUACCAAAAAAUUGAUUUUUUUUUUUCACAUACAAUUUCCAAUUUUGUGAUGCUAAAGUUGCAGAAUUGAUGUCACCAGAAUUUAUGCCUAAGGAUCCUGUAGUCCGCACCUCUGUAACGUAUGCUAAACAUGGUUUACAGAGUUGACAUGGGCAGGCUAAUAACAGAUGGUACUCAGAUUCAGAUUCUGGCAUA